UUUUUUAUAAACUCCGCCUAUAGUAGGCGGCAACUGAAAAAAAUGUUGAAGCGAAUUGGACUUGGAUUGACUUCAGUUUGUUCGUCUUGUGUUGGUAGGGACGGGGCCAGGAACCAGAGGAGACAUCAGAGACUUGAGAAUGAUCCUUAUGAAGAGCGUGCAGAUGAAGAAUACAUUUUGCCCAAUGGAAACUUAGUGUGGGACCCGUCCAGUAAAAAGUUCAGCUCUCAAAGAACAGAUGGUAGGGGGCCCGGAUAUGUUCCUCCUGAUGUACCUAAAUCCGAAGCGUCACGUAUUCCAACAGUUGAAGAGUUUAAGCUUCUGAAGACACUUGGAAAGGGAGCUUUUGGAAAGGUCCUUUUAGCUGCUCAUAAGCCCACAAGGCAUCUUUAUGCACUGAAAGUUGUGCCAAAGGCAAAAUGCACAAGUAGGAAACAGAUCAGACAGGUCCUAUCUGAAAUGGACAUACUAAAGAUUGUGAAGCAUCCCUUUUGUGUUGUGCUGCAAUUUUCAUUUCAGAACAGUGAAUUUCUUUUUUAUGUGUUUGAGUUUGCUGCUGGAGGAAUGCUUUUUUAUCACUUGAAGGAAGAGGGUCGUUUUACUGAAGCAAGAGCAAGAUUUUACAUCGGUGAAAUUGUUUUAGCACUAGAAUACCUUCAUGGCCUUGGGAUCAUAUUUAGAGAUCUCAAACCUGAAAAUUGUUUAUUAUCGGCAGCUGGGCACAUUGUUCUUACUGACUUUGGCAGUGCAAAAAAGCUGCUUGAAGGUGAAAAGACAUCUACUCUAGCAGGUACCCCUCACUACAUGGCACCAGAAGUGCUAAAAGGUGAACCUUACACGACAAGUGCUGAUUGGUGGUCCUGUGGUGUACUUCUCUUUGAAAUGAUAACUGGAAAAACGCCGUUUGAGUCAUCGGACAGAAUGGAAUUGUACAGAGCAAUUUUGGGAGGACAUUUUAAGAUGCCAAUGUUUGUUUCGAUUAGAGCUCGAUCAAUUUUAUAUGAACUAAUUCAAACAAAUCCUGACAUAAGACUAGGGACUGUUGAUGAAAAUGACUCCAGUGUGUCACAUAAUGACAUUAAGAAGCAUUGCUUCUUUUCACAACAUCCAAUGGAUCCAGAAGAAGAGAGUAAAUAUUUAAGGGAAGAAACUAGACGACAAGAGCUGCUCAGCUCAAAAGGAAUCUCAACUGGAAGUCUUAUUCAAAAGUUUACAAGUGAAAUUACAAGUUCACUAUCUCGACAAACAGUUUUAUGCGAUUGGCAAUGGGACCAGCUGCUUGCCUGUAAUGUCACUCCACGUUUUCCAAAAUUAGCACACCCAACAAACUGUAGGUACUUUGAUUCUGUUGCUACUUCCUUUGCUCCCACAUUAACUGAUUUACCGUUAUGUGAUGAUCAUUUUUAUCUUGAUGAUUUUGAUUUUGUACGAAACUGAUAGUUUCACAAUUUUAAAAGGGUUUUAGAUUUUUUUGUUGAUGUAAAGAUUAACUGUGACAAGUAUUGUAUUAAAUUUAAUAUUAAAA